AUGGCGGCAUUUCAAGUGGAAGGGGAAGCAGAUCAUUGGUGGGAAAUGAUCAAAGGUACUCAACAAGUAGAAACAUUAACUUGGAGACAAUUCGAAGACCUAUUCAUGGAAAAGUAUUUUUCUAACUCGCUAAGACAAGAAAUGAUUCAAGAGUUCCUCCAACUGAAACAAGGAAAAAUGUCAGUCGCUCAAUAUGCGAACCGGUCUCUUUCACAGUACGCUUCAGCCAUAGUAGCAAAUGAAGAGGAUAAGGUUAGGCGAUUUGAAUGGGGCUUGGACAUAAACAUUAGAGGAAGAUUGAUCGCUGUGCAACUUUCCACCUAUGCUCAAAUGGUGGAUCGAGCUUUAAUUAUGGAACGAGAGUUAGCAGAUUCCGAACGCAUUCGAAAUCAGCGAUCAAGGAACAACAACCAACCACGCGGAGGAGGCCCAGUCCGCAACACCAGAGACCAUCCUUCGCCAGCACCUUAUGUCGGAGGAUUGUAG